UCUUCUCUUUCUAAAAUACAUACUAAUAUAAAUUUAAGACCACCGCCCAAAUACCCCUAGCAGCAUUGCAUGAUCUACAUAUAUUAAUAAUAAGCCAUUCAGCAUGAAUUUCCAUCCGACUGACUACUUACAGGAUUUGAAUCUCGAUUUUGACUCGAGUGCUCCAUCUAACAACGUUUCUCCUAACUUCAGUUCUACUGACUUAGACGUAUUUUCCCAGGCUGACUUUUUUGCCUUGGAUGUGUUUUCAAAGGAUCACAUUGUCCCUAUCAAGCAACAACAAUCCCAACAACAACCUCAACAAGUUCAACAACAACCUCAACAAUCAAAGCCCGUCACAGUUAAACAAGAAUAUGAACUGUCUUUGUUAACACAGGCACAAGAAUUAGGAUUGGAUUUCUUAGAUUUCAAUCCAGCUGUACCUCCAGCACCUGCAAAUCAAAUACAAGCAGUAAUUGAUGAAUCAAGACACGCAGUAGCUGAGAUUGCAGCUCAUGAAGAUAAGAGAAAAAGAAACACCGCUGCCAGUGCUAGAUUCCGAAUUAAGAAGAAACUUAAGGAACAAGAAAUGGAACAAAAAUCUAGAGAAUUACAAGAUAGACUUGUAGCCUUAGAAAAGAAAUUAAAGACCUUAGAAAUGGAAAAUAAGUGUCUUAAAAAUCUUAUCUUACAACAAAAUGAACAAAAGAACACAGACUUAUUGGAAAGUAUUAAGAAAAGAAGUAUGCUUGACUCUAAGCCUGUAUUUCAAUUCACCAGUUAGUUUUAGUUUUAACUACUGGAAUCAUAUAAAAUCCAACUUUUAUAUGCUCAGGAUCUUAAAAUCCAACUUUUAACGACCUUGCAUGAUCACAAUAACGACAACGAUAAUGACUUUAUGAUAUUGUUUAAUUCCUCAAGAGAUCCAACUCUCUUGGG